GGGUAAAAGUUCGGGUUCAAUGGGUAAUUCUCCAGUCUCCAGUCUACAGUGCGCGGCAUAACGGACGGUGGAGGCCCUGGCGCUUUCUUUUAAUACACACACUGACACACUGACACACACACACAUACACACAGCGUUUUUGCUCUUUCCCUCCUCUGCCUAAAGGCCCUCAGCGUCGCCUUCUUUCUUCAAAUGGAGAGAGUUUUGUAGGAGAAGGCUCUUGUUCUUUUCCAUUUGAGUUCGCUCUCUCGUCUCUAUGGAUCAUUAAUUUCUUGAUUGCUCUCCUUGUUUAAGUGGGUUUUGUUAAAUAUGAGCUGAGCCCUGAGUGUGUGGUUUCUUCAGCAUUGUAGAUAUAACAAUUGGAGGGCUUGUCCUGCUUGGAAUUAUGUCAGGGGUCAUGGAUUCAGCAGAUCCCUGUCCAACUGAGGAUGCUCUUAAUACAUUGUUAGGGUACCUUGUUGAUCCAAAACUACCUUCAAAGUCUUCUGCAAGAGGUUCUCCAUCACAAUUUGAUCAGGAAUUUGUUGCAAAACAGAUCCACGCAGUUGUGUUACUUUACAACUAUUACUACAGGAAGCAGCAUACACAUCUAGAAUUUCUAGGAUUUGAGAACUUCUGCAAGUUGGCUGUAAUUUUAAGACCUACUUUAUUAGUUCAUAUGAAGUUAAUGCAAUUAUCUGAUGAUACCGAGCUGGAUGACAUGGAAAAACAGCUUUCACUAACUGAGAAAAAGAUUAUGGAUGCAUGUGAUAUAGCUACAAGAUUAGAUGCAUCCAGAACUGCCCCAAGUACAGAGGGAUGGCCAAUUUCCAAGGUUGUUGUUUUUCUAAUAGAUUUGAGAAAGGAGAAUUGCUUGCUGCAAUUUGGUUCCAUCACUGAAGGAGUUUGGUCGAUGAUUGAGCAAGACUUGGAACUUCCUAAUAACAAUUUAAAUGGUAGCAUGGAUUCAAAUCAAGUGAACAAAAAGACAAGAUUUAUUAGAAAACCAUUCAGAAAUGAGUCGGAUGCUAAUGAAGCAGUUCAUAAGCAACUUGCAUUUUCAGCUGUCAAGGAAGCAACAGGCAUUAAUGAGAGAGACCUUAUGAUUUUGGAGAAACAUGUUGUUUAUUCUAUGAGUAAAGAAAAGGCAGCUGCGUGCUUUUAUAUAAUGCAGUGCACUCUACCAAACAACAAUCAUAUUAUCCAAAUUCCCAUUGAAGAUGCUAUUAAUAGUAGCUUGCAGGGCCCUUUGUUUGUAAGGAGUUCUAGCCAAUGGAUGCACACCAAAGUUGUUGAGUACUUCCAUUUACUUCCUUAUGCUGAGAUUCUAUCUGACUGGCUUGCCAGGGAAAUGCUUCCCAAUAGUUCACAAGUGCAAAGAGUAGGAUCCAAAACCAUAAAUGUAAACAGUUCCAAAAAGUUUAAAAAACCUUGCGAGUCAGAAGUUCCUGAAAAGGAGGAACUAGGCAGCAAGACAGGCUCUGGAUCAACAAAGCAGAAUGAGGAUGAUGGGUCUCGUGUGAUUGAGUUGCUUGAUGAUGGACUAUGCAAUAUGGAGGUGGAUAACUCUUUUGUGAUUCACACCCAAACCAAGGAGAGAGGCUCAGAUGUUUCUAGUAAAGUUCCACAUGACAACUACCAGAAAAUGACAACUUCUAUAGAUGGAUGUUUACAUGGCUUGACUGAUGGGGCUACGGCUGACUCCUUGAAGAGGCAGAGACUUACUGAAUGUGGAGAUGGAACUGGAACUGUUGUGGUUGGAGACAGAAAAUGUAACAAUAUCUCUUCAGAUCAAGAUGGGAUGCCAAUAAAUGACAGUGGACUUGUCAAACAUCAGUCAAAUUCCAAUGAUCUUGACAAAAUGCAUACCAUCAUAGCUUCAAGAGAUCAGGAACUGUCACAAGCUGCUUUGAGAGUUAUUUUAAGUAAAAGAGCUAAAUUGUGUUUUCAGCUACGGGAUAUACAAGAUCAGAUUGCUCAGUGUGAUAAAAAUAUGCAGAUAAUUUUGAAUGCUCCAAUCACUUUGCAAGAAAUUCUCAUAGGUGGUGAAGGUAAUUUGGCCGUGAAGAUAGAAUCCCUUAUAGAGGGUUGUAGUGAUGUGUCCUUGAGAAGUCUUAGCCAAGAUACAACUUAUCAACAUGGCAAGGACCAAUCCUUACCUCAAUUUAUCAAAAGUAUACCCAGUACGCAAAAUCCUUGUCAGGAAUUGGAUGAUUUAUGUUAUCAAAACAAUUGGAUAUUACCGACUUACAGUGUGACUGCAAUAGAUGGUGGAUUCCAAGCCAAAGUAAUUGUGAAAGGGAUAGACUUCGAGUAUUCAAGUGAUGGCGAUUUGCAUCUCCAUCCACGUGAGGCAAGAGAUUCAGCUGCUGCACAGAUGUUGGUCAAAUUGCUUAAAGAGCCAAACAUGAAAGCUCUCAAAGUUCUUUGAAGCAAAUCUGGAAUCCCUAUAACUGGCUAGCAAUAGAAGAUUAGUAUGAGUUUUAGAGUUUUAAGAUCUUGGCAUUUUGAUGUUUCUCACAACCCAUUAAAAUAGAAACCUGGGGAAAGAGAGAAUAGAAAGGAAAAAAAAAAAAAAAUUCUAACCUAAAGUGGUAUGGUAUACUUGUGUAUAACAAUACUUUGACUAAUUAAAAAAAAUACUGCAAACAUUAGAACAGAUUUAACAAUCCAAGUGAUUCAGCUGCUGCACUGAUGUUGGUCAAAUUGUUUAAUGCGCCAAACAUGAAAGCUUUCUUGU